CUGCUUAGCGAGUAUUCCAGGCAAAUCUUUGAUGUCUUCAACUACGUUUUCCUAUGCACCAUCUUCGCUGUGUUUGGUAUCGUGGCCAACAUCAUUAACAUUGCAGUCUUCUACAAACAAGGGCUGAACUCCACCGUCAACAUUAGCUUCACGGGUCUGGCCAUCUCCGAUCUCUGCAGCCUGGUCACGCUCCAGUGGUUUAACAUCUGCGCCAAUCCUUACUUCAUCAACUCGGGCGUCCCCAUGGUGCCCUCUGAGGUCCAACACCUGACGGGUGGAUUCCCUCACGCCUGCUUCGCCAGGAUCACGUGCUGGAUCACCGUGUACAUCACAGCCGAGAGGUGUCUGUGCAUCGCCAUGCCGCUCAAGAUCAAACAGGUGAUAACGCCUAGGAGGUCCACCCUCAUCAUCUGCUCCAUCUACAUCCUGAUGAUAUCAUCCCUGAUGCCGGAGUACGCCACCAUGUACAUCGGCUGGAAAUACUACCCCAGCAAAAACCAAACCCUCCUCGGAUUGAUUCCCACGGAGGACAACAAGAAGGUAUCGGGGCUGACAUUUCUUCUCUACGCCGUCUACAUCGUGGUAUCGUUCUGCGCGGUAAUCGUGUUCACAACUGUCUUAGUCGUUAAGCUCAAACACAAAACGGAGUGGAGAAAAGAAUCGACUUUCGACGCCAAACAAUCGGAUACCAUCUCGAGCCGUGACAAGAAGACGAUAAACAUGGUGAUAGUUAUCGCCAGCGUGCUGAUCGUCUGCUUCACGCCGUCCGUUCUACUCAGUGCUGCCGGGUUUAUUGAGCACGACUUCUUCGUCGUUGGCAAAUUCGCCAACCUUUUCUUUGCCACGUGGUCCUUUGGGUUCGUGUUCGAUUCCUUCAACUCAAGCGUCACGAUUAUACUGUACUACAAGAUGAGCUCGAAAUAUCGGCGCACCUUCCACGACCUGUUU